UCCCCAUUCUGGUGUGUCCCAAGGGCCCCCUCCCUUGAGGGAGGAAGAAGGCUCAUCCAUCGACCACUGGUGCCCCCCAACCAGCUCUACCCAACCAGCUCUACCUCGGCAGCAGGCAUCCAAGUCACACCCUCAUCCUUCCUUCAAUGCCCACAGCCUUUAAGAGAUUUCAUAGAAAAUGUCUGAGGUGGUACAGUCAACAUAAGUGCCCCAUCCAGCCCUUAGAAAAAUGUUUGGUGUUCAUCAAAGUAAGUUAAGUUGCUAUAAACCAGCUAUUACCUACAAACCAGCAAUUACCAGUUAAAUUGGUAAAAAGUUUGGGAAAUAAAUCUUAAAUUGUUUAGUUGCUCUAAGAGUUUCCAAUAUCUGCUUUUUCCUUUUGUUUUCAGAAUAUGAAUGAAGCUUCUUCCUUGCUCAGUGCCACCUGUGACACAUUUAUCACAACACUUGAAGAAUGUGUGAAAAUAGCAAAUGCCAAAUUUAAGCCAGAGAUGUUUCCAUUGCCUCAUCCUGAUCCUUUAGUUUCUCCUGUGUCACCUUCACCUGUACAAAUGAUGAAACGUUCUGUUAGCCAUCCAGGUACUUGUAAUCUUGAGAGGAGCAGUCGCUUUGGAAAAGAACCAAAUGUGUCUUCCCAUCAGCUUUUGCACCGGUGGAGAAGAACAGUCUCAGAUACAGAACCUUCUAUAGAUCUUCCCCUUGAAGAUACAGACAGACUAGCAGCAUUCAGUUCUAGAGGAGCCCUCAAUGGAGAUUUGGCACCUCCGGCUGUUCCUGAAGCAAAGCUGUUGCUGUCUCAGAAACCGAGAGGGCCUGAAGAGACUCCUUCUGAGCCAAUAUCCUGAGGAAAGAGAAGGCUCCACUUCCUCUGAGUAAUGCUAUGCAAAAGCUGCUGUAAUUCUGCUCUCGUCGUAGGGGAGUAGUAAUUCCCUAUGUGAAGGUUUUCUCUGCACUUUAUAGAAUAAUGUAAAAACUAUCUUUGAAGUGUAUUUUAUCUUUAUAUAGUUGACUUGCAAAAGUAUUUUCCUAAAAAGAAAACUUCAGUUUGGGUAUUUUUUAAUAGUUAGGUGAAUGUACCUUUGUAAAUACUGCUCUUCUUUUUACUGGGUGUGGCGGUCAGGCAAUUUGGCUUGGCCUUGAGAAACAGGUUUCAGAUCUGGGGCAAGGAAAACCUGUGCCCUAGGCUGAGCCACUGAUUUGAUCCCAGAGUUGCAUUUCUCUGAGUACAGUCUCUUCCCACCAACUUCAGUGGCAGCCCGCCGUAUUGGGAUGGCACCUUUAUUUCAGGACAGAUUUGUGGUGGUGGUUGUUAAAAGACAGAUGAUUCCUAAAAGGUAUCUUAUAAGUAAUAUCUCCCCUCUUUUUUCUUUUUUUUAAAAAAGGUCAGUCUAGGUUCUUAAUGUAUAUCUAAAAUCCCACUGAAAUAGGUGGAAUGUCAGUGAAUUGGAGGGAAUAUUCCAGCCAAAAUUAAACGCUCCAAAGUCCUGCCAGUACUAUCAAGUGAAAUGGAUACACAGUGAAGUCAGUGAGAUUUUAUAGUGCUUAGUUUUAGCUAGACCUUACCUGGUUAUUUAAAUCCCAGCCUAUGUUAAUCACGGAAAGCACCUGCAUUUUUUUUUUUUUACUUGCACCCAAAACUGUAGCCAAUCAGAAAUAUGUCAUAGAUGUGCAGUAUUUUUCUAAGCAUGCAAAUAAAAUAUGUGAUUAUGAGGCAUUAUACUAUACACUGGGUAAAGAUAUUUUAACAUUUUAAAAGGUUUUUUUUUUUUUUUUGGCACCAUAAAAUGCCUAUUUGUCGUUACUGGGAAGAAGAGAUAAGACGGGCUUAAUUCUUGUUGAGGAGAUUUGCCUCACUAAAUGCCUUGUGGCACUUUUUUUUUUUUUUUUUUUUAAAGUUCAUUGGGCAGAAUCCAGCCAGUGUUGAGGACUUACAACCUCAAGUAAAGGCAUCCUUAAUUUCCUUGUGUUUCUAUGACUGAGACUAAACAAUGCUUCCUUUGCCUGGACUGAGCCCCCGCCCCGCUUUUCUUUUUUAUUUCCAGGCAAAAUAAUCUUCCGUGUAUCUUUUCACCAAAGUUCUUAUUUUAGUGCUGCUUUAUAAAGUCUACUCUUCGGCUGCUGUUGUAAUGUAUUUGUGUUUGCAGCAGUAGAUGUAUGUUAUGAUCCUUAUACCAAAGGGAGGGUGGCUUUCACCGUUGUGGGCUCUAGUGUCAGAAAAGCAGAAAAUUACAGCAAGAUCUCUCCUCUGUUAACUCCCUGCCGCUUGCCUCUGCGGGUGCUGGGAGGCCAACCUCUAACUAGAGCACGUAGCAGCCAUCGAUGGGACAUCGUGAGCCCGGUUGGUCCGAAAGUGCUGUGGUGGUGCCCUCUGUUUCUGCCAGAGCAAAGAGGAAAGAUGGAGCUUGAAGUUCAGCAAUUUUUGCACAGACAUGUCUGAGGGGUUGUGUCCAAAGUUGUUAAGUGUUUUGAAAUGUAUAUUUUUGUUUUUUAUUCACUUUGGAAUAGAUUUGGUUAAUAAUGUAUUGGCCAUGGAGCACUUUUUUAAAAAAAUAAAAAUGGCUUUUUAAAAAAAAAGUUAUGUAAGUGUUCAAUAAAUGCAGUUUUUACACAGGCAUUCUGUCUUGUU